CACAUAUGCUAAUUGCCAAAAGAAAAUGGUGGUUCGCUUAGGAUUUAGACGUGCAAGUCUAUGGAUUGUGCAAAGCAAAACACUGGGUUGAUAUGCCAAAGAGAGGAAAGGGGGAACUACCCCUUCCCGAAGGCUGGGAGGAAUGUUUUGAUUACGAUGGAAAAAAGUUCUUUAUAGACCAUACUACCCAUCGAACAACUUGGAUUGACCCGCGGGACAGGUAUACUAAACCCCAGACGUUUGCGGAUUGUGUGGGGGAUGAGCUCCCCUACGGGUGGGAGGAAUGUGUGGACCAACAAAUAGGUGUCUAUUUCAUCAACCACAACGAACAAUCCAAUCAGCUUGAAGAUCCCAGACAACAAUGGCGGGAGCAGCAGGAGAUGAUGCUGAAGGAAUACCUGGUGACAGCUCAGGAGGACCUGCAGGCUAAGAGAGAGAUUUUCUCAGUCAAAGAACAGAGACUUCAGUUAGCAAAGGAUGAAUUUGAACACUUAAAUGACACACUGGGGGGAUGGAAAUCAUCAAGAACAAGCUUGAAUUCCAACUCCAGUGUUGGCAGCACUAAGUAUGACCCUGACCUUUUGAAGUCGGAUGUACACCUGGCCAGGAACAGGGUGGCUCGACUGAAGCGGGAGCUGGAACAGAUCCGGGCUGAGAUGGUGUACAAGGAGCAGGGGGUGGAGACCUUAGCACAAGUGGACAAGAAGUUGUCUGGAGAGGGUGGUUUCUACAGUGUAGACCAGGCUCACUCAAUAUUGUCAGAGAUUCGACAGCUUCAGAACUCACUGUCUAACGGAGAACAAGAAAAGCAGGGCCUUAUGCAGUCCCUGUCACGGUUGAAAGACGAGUUUUUGAUGAAUAAACAUGGCGGAUCCUCCCCAGAUGUAUCGACUCUGUCUAUACCACUCAAAUCAAGCACUGCCUCUCAAACUGACCUCAGAGGGGAGCAGGGACCUGGCAGCAACAGAUACAUCACAGAAAUCACACGCCUGAGACUUCAGUAUGAUGAAGCUAAGAGAAGGCUCUCGAAUCUCAAGCAUAAACUGGCUAACAUUGAGGAUCAGAUGAUACCUGGUCAGAAUGAGUCAGACAAAGACAGACUAAUGUUGUUGCAAGAAAAAGAGCAGCUUCUUCGAGAGCUUAAAGGAAUUAAUCCUAAAGGUCGAAGUCAGGUAGAAAUGAAGGAUGUACAACAGAGAAUAAGUCAGUUAGAGUAUGAUUUGAAUGUUGCGGUGGAGAUAUCCAACAAACAGAUUGCAGAUAGACUCCAACUUCAUGAAGAAAAGUCAUCAAUAAUGCAAGAAUUAGCAGAGACCACCAGACUUACAUCAUUACUUGAGUCACAGUUACGCAGUUUGUCUCUCAGUACUCUUUCUGUGUCAUCGGGAUCAAGCCUGGGAUCACUAGGUUCAUUAUCAUCAUGUAGUCGCGGGUCACUGAACUCUCUUAACAUGCUGGACAUUUAUGGCCAGCAGCAUUCUCCUGACACAAAUUUACAGGACCUGCAUCGCAGGGUGGAGAAACUCUUACAAGGACACAGUAUUUCUCCUAUACACGAACUGCAGGUGUCCUCUGAUGUGACUGAAGCAGCCACAAACAGUUAUCUCCAAAGUGUUAUGGCCAGUAAUAAUGAUAUUUCAUCUUCAUCCUCAAUUGCCUCCUCACCCCCCGUGUCCCCCUAUGACGCUGGACCACCUCCCUCAUAUCACCAACACAUGACAAAUGUUGCUGGCUUGCCAAGAAAAGUGAACACCUAUAACAUACCCCAACCACCACCAUUAUCAUAUAAUGCCGGUGCCAAUCUCGUAGCAGAUCAAUCAAACAUAGACCCCUUGAAUGGACUGCCCUCUGGGCCUAGAAUAGAAGCUGGCAAAGGAUCAUUGGUGCAGCCCAGUCCCCCUCCAGGACAAUCAGUAAAUGAAAGUGUUAUCAGUGCCAAAAGGUCACAGCUUGCAGACAUCAUGGAUGUGUCUAACCCCCCACUCAGCCCAAUCAGUGAAAGUAGUUCCGGUGUAUGCAAUAAUUUGUCAGGUGGCAAUACCAGAAGUGUGUCAGCAGCUGUCAGUGAUGAGUCAGUGGCUGGUGACAGUGGAGUAUUUGAGGCUUCCAUGAAUGUCUCCAACAAAAGAGAUGCCAUUGAUGACAUGUUUGAAAUGAACCUGGAAAGUGCCCAAAUUCAAAUAAAACUCAAAUACAAGAGUGUUGACAGCCAGCUGAUCAUCGGUAUAGAGCAGGCCAGGAAUCUCUCAGCACUUGCUUUCCCACAGAAUAGCAAUGUAUGCAUAAAGGCAGCAUUACUUCCCAAUAUUAAGAAUGCAUCAUGGACAACAAAGGCUUUAUCAGAUUUAAAGCAUCCCAAGUUCUGUGAAGAGUUCAGGAUAUCAAUACCAGAACAACUACUCAUUAACAAGACUCUACAAGUCCAGAUUUGGAGCUUAAACAAUCAACAGGGCUCAGAAUGUCUGGGCUGUGCACAGGUUAGCCUGGCAGACUUUGACCCUAAGUCUGUGUCCCAGAAAUGGUACAAUGUAUUAAGCUUUAAAUUUAUGCAGUCGGACUCCUCUGAUUCUACACAGAAACAAGUGGAUACCCCCAAAGAUAAAACUCCAGUGGCCUCCCCAGAAAGUCAAAAGGAGGACAUAACAAAGCUAUUGGAAGCUUCUUCUGCCAGGUUGGAGAAAACAGAGGAUAGACAGACACCCACAGAGGGACUUCGAGACGGCAGUCACUUAAGGCAUCCCUUGGUGAUGUACCUGAAAGAAGAGAGUAGUGAUGAAUCCACAGUCAUAUCUUCCCAGACAUCCACUCUGACACGAAAUCAUGGUCCUGAAGACUUUGAGAAGUUGUACAACAGGAACACAUUGACAGGUGAAGAAGAGGAGGAGGAUGUAGAAAAUGAAGCUGACUAUGAUGAGCAAAUAAAUGAAGUCAUGGAGGAGCUCCACAAUGCAGUUCACAUAGAAGACGACAGUGGGAGUUCCACUGACCAGGAGGACGCCAUGACAACAGGAACCUGCGACAAGGAAACUAACACAGUGUCAAUGUACUCGGACCGUGCCACCAUAAAGAGGAGACCUCAGGAGGGAACCAGGAGUAGCACAAUCAGGAGGUCACAGACUUUCUCCCCAGCGUGUAGACCAGGCAGCCAAUAUGUGUGUAGGCUGAACAGAAGUGACAGUGACAGUGCUAUGUCACAUAUCAAGAAAGGUCCAUUUCAGAGAAAUUCACUGGAUCGCAGAAGCAUGCGAUGGAAAAGAUCAACUAUUCACGGUAUCCGUGGAGAAAAACUCCCUUUGAGAACCUCAAUAGAUUUGGAACUGGACCUACAAGCUUCCAAAACUAAACAUGCACAACUCCACGAUGAGAUUCGGAGACUGAGAGAGCUUCACACAUUGCUGGAGAAUGCAAAAGCCAAGGGUGAGAUUGAGCUCCCUUCCUGGUUGGCUGACAAUGAACAGUUUCAGAAACUUCUAACAGAAGCAGAUCGAAUGAAACUGAGAGACCUUGAGGCUGUUAGAACAGCUCAUAAAGACAGCAAGCAGUUAUCAAAACAAGACAGACGAGCAGAACAGAUGAUGAAGAAAGUCACCAGAGAGGUUCAAAGGCUGAAAAGGAAUAGCCCUCACUCGAACACCCAGUCCUUCAGAGAGAAGAUGGCUUUCUUCACAAAUGUUUCCAUGACAGUGCCUGUAAUUCCAAAUGAAACAUCUGUCACACCAAAUGAAGAAAACCGCUUGGAGGAAUUUCUGAAGGACGAUCGAGUUGGACAGGAAGUAUGAAACGUACACACAAAAAUAUUCAGAGACACAAUACUUGUUAUGGAGAUUAAUUUAACUGUAUAUGCUGAACAAGCUGUGAUCAAACCAUUCCAUAUGUACCUGAAAAAGAAAUAGAUUCCACAGAGCAAGCAGGUGAAUGCUAUUUUUGGUGCCUAACCACAGGAUCUGCCAUCAUGGGCAUUAGGGAUUGACAGCUGUCAGUUAAAAAAGAAAGAGGAGGAGUUUUGUUGUGAUGUUUGAUUGACAUGAGAGGAGAGGAGUCGAAGUGUGAUGUUGACUUUAGGAGUCCUCAUGCUUGAUAUGGUUGUGUCAUUCACAGUUGGGUAAAGACUAAAUAGUCAAUAUUACACUACUAUAAAAUAUGUGUAAUUCAUUCAGUGAUUUUUAUAUUUUUAUUCAAACCUUGUCAUAAUCUAUAGUGCAAUUACUAUCUAUGCAAGCAGACAGUGGUUACAAACUAUCAUUAUUUUUGACACGAGUGGACUCAACAUCACCAGCUUCCUGUAGUAUGUGUAUGUUGUUUAUUUGUGAACAAAUUGUUGCAAUAUUGGUAUUUUUUACCAUUGAAGAUAUUAAUCAAAGGUGUGUGAUAUUUGUAGAGAAAUAAGGGUACACUUCGUAUUUUUUUAUGUACAUCAGUUACUUAAAUGGUAAUCAAAAUGUCUUACUUCUUGAUAUCAUAUACACUGUUUUGAUAAGGAUGUUUUAAUUUCAUAACAUUGUGAAACCAAAGAAUGUUGCAUUUUAUAUACCAUUUCAACUGAUUUUAGCUUAACACUAUAUCAAGAUUUGUUUUAAACAUUAAAAUUAUAAAAAAGAAAUUAAUUUGUUAAAAUACAGUGAAUGAAAUUCUUGUUUAGCAAUAACUUUGGAUAUAUUUUAAUUUAGUUUAUUAUGUUAUAACUCGUUCUAGUUUUGUAUAUAUAUUGGAUAUCUUACAUAUGAAAGUAAAUUGUGAUUGUGAUUUGUUUUAGAUGUUUAAUAUAUAUAUACCCAUAUAUCUAUAUACAUGUAUUAUCUAUAUAUUUACACUAUAGCUUAGUAUGUUGAAUGAUCAUAUUUAUUUCAUUUUAGCUCUUGUUAUAUGUGGUUUUGUUUAUUUUUUACAAUCAUAUCAUUAUACAUUUGUUAUGACUGAAAGUCUAGCUUAUCAACUGUAUGAGUUCACAAGCAUUAAUAUCGCAUCAUUUCAAACAUUUGGAAAAUUACAACAAAUGACUUUCACAACUAUCAAUUACAAGCAUUUCCAAGAAUCUCAGUUAGUUGAACUUUGGAUUUGUGUAGAAUGUUGUUAAUAUUCUAAAAUUCAGAUCUAGAUUUAUGUAUUUUAUUCAGAAUUUGUAACCCUGUUAUUAUCGGUUGUUUUGAACCCUGCUUUUUAUUUCCUUUCUGAAUGAUUCAGUUGUACAACAUUUCGCCCUGUGGGGAGGCUCUAUUCCUGUACGUCUUGGUUUGGGUUGUCAGGCUUUAGUAUUCUGGGUUGAAUGCACAGUAUUUUGUUUAGACUGUAUGUGGACAACACCAGUCUGAUUUACUCAGUGUAGGUUGCCAUGGUAACACUCUGUACUAGAUACUCAGGAUGAUCAUUAUUUGUAUGUAACAAUUAUAUUUUGCAUAAAUAAAGCAAAAUAUUUUAAUGAA